GAACCGGAUGUACGCAGUCAGUUGAGCAGCGAUGAAGAUGACGGGGGAAAACAGUUCUGGAAAGUCUGAAAUAACAAUGGAGGAUGUUAAAAACCUUGUUAAAAAGAAAGAUGAGCUUGAAGAGCAGAUAAAAGCUUAUUACGAUGUUUUGGAAGACCAAGGUGUUGGAGUUGAAGGUCCCUUGGUUGACGAAGAGGGCUACCCCAGAGCUGAUGUUAAUGUUUACCAGAUCAGGACGGCAAGACACAAUAUUUCAUGCCUGCAGAACGACCACAAGGCCAUCAUGGUGGAGAUAGAAGAAGCCCUGCACAAGCUGCAUGCUCGUGAGAAAGCCAAGCGGGAACAGGAUGAGACAGAAGCCGUGGACGAGGCGAUGGAGCAGCAGGUCACUCUUCCUCCGCCAUUUGCACGGGUGGAUGCUGUGACACAGGGCUCACCCGCCUGUGGAGCUGGGCUCAGAGUUGGUGAUGGAGUCAUUGAGUUUGGUUCUGUGAACACGGGAAACUUUCAGAACCUCCAGAAUAUUGCUUCUGUGGUACAACACAGUGAAGGGAAACCAUUACGGGUCACAGUCGUCCGGGAUGGCCAGAAAGCUCAAAUGAGCCUGACUCCACAGCGAUGGUCAGGCAGAGGUCUGCUCGGGUGUAACAUUGUUCCAAUCUCUCGGUGAUCGCCAUGACAUGAAACCCCUUCCUCCACACGUUACCCCUGGAUGGUUUCAAACUGAAUUUGUAAAUACUGCAGACAUUUCCAUCUGUUUAUUUUUUCAAUAUCUUAAUCAGAAACUGAACUAUUUCCUUCAUACAGGAUGUAUGAAAAUAAGAGUGUCAACACAUACUGCUGAGUUUAGUGAAGUGAUUGCUGUAUAAACAUUGCUACCUUAUACUGUACAGUAAGAGUUGAGAGAAUAUAAAUGACAAAUGUGGAGUAGCUGUUGAAAUAUAUUGCAGUGAUCUGAAGUGACACUAAAAAGCAACAAGAGACUUUGGAAAAUAAUUAAUUUUGCUACUGCCAUCAAUAAAUACUUAUUUUCAAUAAUGAUGAAUCAUUACCAAAAUCUUUACUCCACUUUUAAUUUAAAAUUUUUUGUUUUGCGUGAACUUGAAAUAUUUUCUUGAAGUUUAAUACAUCUUCACCUGUUUGGAAGCUGAACACAAUAAAAUAUUUCCACCUUCCUAAUUGCUGAUUCAGCUUGAAGAAUCUGAACAGCUAUUUAAGACCACAUUAAAAUGAGAAUGGCAAAAA